GCGCACCGCGGUGGAGGCGCGGCCGCCCCGGGCUUGGCGGCGUGCCUCGCGGUGUGCUUGUUGGCGCGGCGCGUCGUGGCGAACGCGGACCCGCAGUGUCCGGAGGACCACGUCCAGUGCAAGACGCAGAAACGCAACGGCUUUUCGUACCACUGCGUGGCGCCGUCCCUCACCUGCGACGGCUACGAGGACUGCCAGAACGGUCAGGAUGAGGAAAACUGCCGGGGCCGGUGCCAGGGCGGCGCCAGGGAGUGCGACGGGCGGUGCAUCUUGGCCGCCUACUGGUGUGACGGCGUGAGGGACUGCGGGGACGGCGCGGACGAGUCCUCUUGCGCUCCGGGCGUUCCCGACGACCGCGACCUCGAGGAGUGCCAGCCGCGGGGGCCACGCGGGGCACCGAAACGGCCAGGGGUGACGGUCAAGCGUCGAGGCGUCCUGCAGUGCGACGGCCGCGUCGACUGCAAGCGUGGCUUGGACGAGAAUAGCUGCACCAAGCCGUGGCAGUGCAGGGCCGGCGCGACGCACUGCUUGAGCUCGGGCGGGCGGGCGCGCUGCGUGCACCCUAGCGCACGCUGCGACGGCUUCUGGGACUGCGAUGACGGCAGCGACGAGAGUGGCUGCGCACAAGAUAUGCCUAGAUUCACUGUCCCCCCCAAGUUGACCACUCCAAGUGCAGUGCCCACUCCUCCACCAAGGGGCUGGCAUCCUGGGAGCGAAAGAGAGGUGACUCGCCCUGCCCCCGUCGCGUCGUCAGCUGAUGUGGUGCCCGCUGCCUCUCCGGGGGUCCAGCGCAUCCAGCGCAUCCAGCCCAUCCAGCCCAUCCAGCCCAUCCAGCCCAUCCAGCCCACCCAGCCUACCCAGCUGGACCAGGCGGACCCCCUGUACGCCCCUAGCAAGGCCCCUGGCUCGGGAGGGCUCCUGGUGGUCCAGGACGGCAUCCCGGUGUACGCGUGGUUCGUGAUCCUGGCCCUGGUCAAGAUCCUCCUCGGCCUGGCGUACUUCGGCUUGAGACAGUGGUGCUCCAGUCGCAGGGCGAAGGACGACCAACAGGGCGUGGAGAAGGCGGUCUCCUUCGUUUACGUGGGGAGCAGUGCAGAGCAGACAGCCAACAGCCAGCCCCGACCCCAGAACCUGGUGCAGGUCCAGGAGGACAACGACUUGGUGGACUUGCUGACGCCCUGCGUCGUCCCCGUCGUGACGCAGCCCCCACCCCUGCAGCCGCAGCGCUCCCUUCCGGGCGAAACCGUCUACGAAUCGCUGCGCGCCGCCACCAGGCCCGGCGUGGACCUGCUGCUGGCCACCCUGGAAGACGUCGUGUACUCCACGCCAAGCAUCCACGUCUAGCGGUGCGCGCGAGUAUUGCACAGACAAAUGGGAUAUGUGCAGACCGCUAGGAACAUCGAGAUUCCCCUCGUUGCUCGAUUCUGGACCGAAGUGAUGAUAGUGACUGACUCGAGUCGGGCCGAUGCAUCUCCGCGAACGGUGCUCCGUGGCGAUAGGCAACCCAUCCGGCGCGGAACGGUCGCCCUGCCUGCCGUCUACUUGUUGAACCUACGGAAGCUGGUGGCGUGCCGGCUUGUUGUGCAGUUUAUCUCAGGAGGUCGUCUUACAAGAAUUCAACACUAUUUUCGUGUUUUCUGUUUUUAUUUUAAUAAAUUAUUUACAUUA